AUGGAAACAGUGACUUUUGGAGGUGACAACCCUUAACCACGGUUUGGACACACAAUUUGUAUGAUAGCUCCUAACAAAAUUGCACUUUUCGGAGGUGCUGUUGGGGAUACUGGAAAAUAUAUUAUAACAGGAGAUGUUUAUAUAGGGGAUGUUACUUAGAGAAAAUGGAAGAGAAUAGAAGCAAGUGGAAGUGUUCCAACGAAUAGAGCAGCGCAUUAGGCAUUGGCCAUUGAAUUGAAUUAAAUGAUCAUAUUUGGAGGAGCAGUGGGAGGUGGUGGUUUAGCAGAUGAUAAUUUGUUUGUUUUUGAAUUGCGUGAUGAAACUGGUACCUGGGUUACUGUGCCUGUCAUUGGAACUACUCCAGGUAGAAGGUACGGUCACACAAUGGUUCUCAUAAAACCAUAUCUAAUUGUUUUUGGAGGAAAUACAGGAUAAGAACCUGUUAAUGAUGCUUGGAGUUUCAACUUGGAAAAAUCGCCUUAUUCAUGGUCUAAACUGGAAUGCCCAUCCGAAUAGCCAUGUGUGAGAGUCUAUCAUUCAGCUGCCCACUGUAAUACGGGAUCAGCAAAUGGAAUGAUGGUAACAUUCGGAGGCAGGACAAGUGAUUAGAGUGCUUUGAAUGAUGCUUGGGGAUUGAGAAGACACAGAGAUGGUAGAUGGGAUUGGGUCAGAGCUCCUUAUAAAAACUAAAAUGAAAUACCAGCCCAAAGAUAUUAGCAUUCAACACUAUUUUUAGGAACAUUGAUGUUGGUAAUAGGCGGUAGAUCAAAUCAAGUGGGGGACACUCUUCCAUUUGAAAUAUAUGAUACUGAAACAUCUGAAUGGUAUAAAUUCCAAUCAAUCCAGAGAUUCAGACAUUCAUCAUGGUUGGUUGAUUAAUUUCUAUAUUUACACGGUGGUUUUGAUUCCGAUCAACCAAAUAUUCCCACCGAAGGCAUCUUGAGAUUGGAUCUUAACAAAAGAUUUGCAUAAACUCCAUAAUUGUUAAGGUAAUUGAAUACUAUAAGAAAUGAUAAUACUUUCAUGGAAUCAUUUAAUCCUAGAGCCCCUCCAAAUUCAAGCAAUAAUAAUACUCAAGAUCAAUUUAGAAGAACUAAUCAAUAAGCUCAAUAAAGAAAUUAAUAAACAUAAUAACAAGUGAGGGUUUCAUCUGCUAACAACAAGAACAUUAGAUUAGCAAAUUAAGCCUUGGUUGCCAUGGUAUAUGGUCCUGAAGAAGACAUAACCAAUUAAGUUAAGAAGGUUCCUAUUGAUAAAUUGUAAGAUGAACACAGAAAAUUGGGUGCAGGUUUCCAAGAUCCUAAUUCGCAGAAUAAAUCUCAAUUUGUUGAAUAAAUGCUCGCUCCCUUUAUUUAAAAUUUAUUAUUGCCCAAAGAUUACCAAUCCAUUCCUCCAAAUUCAAAUCUAAUGACAGGCAUUAGAAAGGACUCAAUUAUCAAAUUAUGUGAUGAAGUUUAGAGAAUUCUUGAAAAAGAACCUAUUGUCUUGAGAUUAAGAAGACCAAUCAAAAUAUAUGGAAAUUUAAAUGGAUAAUAUCUAGAUCUCAUGAGAUUCUUUGAUCAUUUCAAAGCUCCUUAUGAUAAUCUUUAUAAUGGUGACAUUGACUCUUAAGAUUAUUUAUUUUUGGGAGACUACAUUGACAGAGGCACAAGAUCUCUUGAGAUUAUUCUACUCUUAUUCACUCUCAAGGUAAAGUAUGGAGAUUAGAUUCACUUAUUAAGAGGACAUCAUGAAGAUCCUAAAAUUAAUAAGAUCUUUGGAUUUGCUGACGAAUGCUAUUUAAAAUAUGCAGAAGAUAUCAAUGACCCUAAUAGCAUCUAUCAAAGAAUCAACAGAGUAUUUCAAUACAUGCCAUUGGCUGCAGUCAUUGAAGAUAAAAUAUUUUGUGUUCAUGGUGGAAUUGGAUAAACUAUACGCACCAUUGAUGAAAUUGAACUCAUUCAAAAACCUCUCCAAAUUAUUCACGAUCCUGUUACAUAUCAAUAAAAGAUUGCUUUAGAAUUGUUAUGGUCUGAUCCCUGUUUAAAUGAGGAUGAAUUGGAAAACAUGCCAAAUGUUGAACAUGAUCUUUUUUAAAAUAAAUCUAUAAUUAGAUUCGGGAAUAAUAGAAUCAACAAUUUCCUUUAAGAAAACAAUUUAAAUAUGAUAAUAAGAUCUCACGAACCGACUAAUGAAGGAUUCGAAAGACUAAACACUAAUGUGAUCACUGUAUUUUCUUGUAGUGAUUAUGGCAAUUGUGGCAAUAAAGGAGCCAUUCUCUCUAUUACAAAGCGAGGAGAUAUAAUACCAAAAGUCAUUCCAACUGCAAAUCUUAUAAAUGAGGCUAGGUGGUUGAAUUUAGAGGAAGCUGCUUAAAGAGCUUAAGGUUUUGCCAAAUACGUAGAUAUCAAUAAUGAUGAAUUACAAUACAGAAGAAGACCGUUUACUCCAUCAAGAUAGAAAAAAAUUGGAUCCCAAAAAUAAUUCAAAUGAAAUAAUUCAAGUUAUUAGAUUAAAACCUUUUAUUUAGUAU